AGGCGGUGAGGAUGUCAUCCAAAAUUAUGUAUUGCAUUCAUACGAUGUGCAGCAUCGUUUGUUUAAUUUCGUGUUAGAUAGAGAUUUUUGGAGCUCAUUGUUUGGGCAUACACACGACGGAUGGUUGGAGUCAGCGGUAAAUAAAUUGUUAAUUAAUUCUUUUAAAAGUUAAUUGUUUUUUAGUCAAUAACAAAAGUAUCAUGUGUGCAGCAUAUAACCAUUUGGUACCGACUUUUGAUGGAGAGACGGUUUGAGAGCGACCGACAUACAAUAAUGCCUCCAAAUUUUUUUGUUUCUCAUGCUUUGGAAGAAGGACAGGACUGGAGGGCGUUUAUGGCUGGUAUUGCUACAUACCCUAACUUCAUGGUUGCUUGGUGGGAUGUUGAUACGGUCUUAUUGCCGAUUCAUUCAUCCCCUAAUCAUUGGCUAUUUGGGGAACUACGAUUAGCGUCAAUGGAAGUGCAUAUUUAUGACAGUCUUGGUAGAGGUGCUUAUGAAAAAUUCCAAUCCGAAGGAAUCUUUUCCAAAUUUGAACGUCGGGUGGCAAAUUAUUUGGACAAGAUUAAGUAUUGGGCGCGGAGGAACAUCCCAAGGAUUCCAUUGAAUAUGCAAUUCAUUUAUGAAGAAAACGUUCCCCAACAAAGUAGUCAUUUGGGAGAUUGCGGUGUUUUUCUUUGUAUGUUUAUGGAGCAAUUGGUUUCAGGUCAACCAAUACGUGUUCUUAUUGACCCAAAGAACGCAGCUUUAGAGUUUCGUCUCCGGAUGGCAAAAAUUAUUUGGGGGUCUAGUCUUGCUCCUCUGUAGUUGGAUUAUAUAAAUGUAUAUACAAAUUAAUGUUGGAUUUCAUUAUUAGUUUAUCUUUAGAGUUUACUCAACGGAUGACAAAAAAUAUAACGUUACGACAAUUACCACAAUUUAAUGACCUACUAAUUACUUAUCAAUAAAUUCAAAACAUAAGAACGACCACAACAUUUGUUUUAACGUUACAAAUACAACAAUUUAUUGACCUAACAACUUCAAAACCAUAAAAACAAUAUUGAAAAGCUUACAACUUGUAAACAAGAACUGCCAAGAACAACACCCAACUACAAACCAACGCUAUCUUUAACUUCUUAUUUUCUGAUUGAAAGAGCUUAUUAGAGUUAGCUACUUUAGCUAUUACCAUAGAAGAUUGGUCCUUCUCUUCAUCAACCCAACUGAUAAACCCGCAUUU